GGUCAGACAGGCGCUGAAGGACAAGGGUUACCACAUACUUGUGAUGCAGCUACGGCACGCCUCACAAGUCCCGCCACCCUGGUUGCCAAGCCGCUAGACAGACACCAUGGGUGUAUCGCAGCUGGUGACCUGCUGUCUUUCUGUCCCAUGUUGCCUGCUCAUCAUCAGGUGCAAUUCCAUGGCCUUGCAGAGUUCAGAAUGCCUUCUAGAAAAUGAACUUCAGUGUAACAAGAAGGACCAUCCAGUUGUGAACUUUAACGAUUUGAGGCCCUGGGUGUUGAAUUUUAGCUUUCCAGGAGUAUACGACUAUUCCCAGUUGGCAGUCGACCUCAACAGAAAUCAGCUAGUCAUUGGAGCCAGAAACUACCUCUUUCGCCUCACUCUGGAUAACAUCUCUCUUAUACAGGCAAUAGAAUGGGGACCAGAAGAAGACACCAGGAUAGCCUGUCAGAGCAAAGGGAAGACUGAGGUCGAGUGUCAGAAUUAUAUUCGUGUGCUGCUUAUUAACGGAAAGAAUGUUUUUGCGUGUGGAACAAAUGCAUUUUCUCCGACCUGCACUUCCCGACAGCUUGGGAACCUGAGCCAAGUGCUGGACAGGAUGAAUGGUGUGGCAAGAUGUCCCUAUGAUCCCAGGCACAAUUCCACUGCUGUGAUCACCUCCCGGGGAGAACUGUACGCCGCCACUGUGAUCGACUUCUCAGGUCGCGACCCCGCCAUCUACCGAAGUCUGGGAAGUAGACCUCCUCUCCGAACUGCACAGUACAACUCCAAGUGGCUAAACGAACCAAACUUCAUCUCAGCGUACGACAUCGGUCUCUUCAUCUACUUCUUCUUCCGUGAGAACGCUGUGGAGCACGACUGUGGGAAGACUGUCUACUCCCGUGUCGGGCGGGUCUGCAAGAGUGACGUUGGGGGGCGGUUUUUGCUGGAGGACACGUGGACAACCUUCAUGAAGGCCCGGCUCAACUGCUCGCGAUCGGGGGAGAUCCCGUUUUACUACAAUGAGUUGCAGAGCACAUUCUAUCUCCCCGAGCAGGACCUCAUCUAUGGGGUCUUUACAACAAACGUGAACAGCAUUGCAGCCUCUGCGGUUUGUGCAUACAACCUCAGCUCCAUUGCUCAGACCUUCAACGGACCUUUCCGCUACCAGGAGAACCCUCGAUCCGCCUGGCUGACAGCCACAAAUCCCAUUCCGAACUUCCAGUGUGGUUCCCUCCAAAACCACGGACCCAAUGAGAACCUGACAGAACGUAGCCUCCAGGACGCUCAGCGCUUCUUCCUCAUGAAUGAUGUGGUGCAACCCGUCACCGUUGACCCCCUUGUGACUCACGACAACAUGCGGUUCUCCAAGAUUGCCGUGGACAUUGUGCAAGGCCGGGACACGCUCUACCAUGUGAUGUACAUCGGCACAGAGCGUGGCACCAUUCUGAAAACCCUCUCACUGGACAGCAAGAAUUUGCGAGGUUGCUACUUGGAAGAGCUACAGCUGGUACCACCUGGCAAACAGGAGCCUAUACGAAGCCUGCAGAUCCUUCACAGCGAUCGGUCUCUGUUUGUCGGCUUGAACGGGAGAGUAUUGAAGAUCCCACUGGAGCGAUGCUUCUCCUACAAAACCGAAGCAAAUUGUCUGGGAGUGAGGGAUCCUUACUGUGGCUGGGACCUGAGACAGAAGAGAUGUACUACCAUUGAAGACAGUUCCAACAUGAGCCUGUGGAACCAGAACAUCACAGAGUGUCCGGUGAGAAACCUCACGAUGGACGGUGAAUUUGGGCCGUGGUCUCCAUGGCAACUGUGCGAGCACACAGACAAAGAGGCCACGGGAACGUGCAUGUGCCGCUCCAGGUCAUGUGACAGCCCUGCCCCACGGUGCGGAGGUCACGAAUGUGUCGGAGCCCGGAUUGAGGUGGCCAAUUGUUCAAGGAAUGGAGGUUGGACCAACUGGGCUUCCUGGGCUCCGUGCAGCACGACCUGUGGAAUUGGGUUUCAGGUUCGGCAGCGGUCCUGCAGUAAUCCCACUCCUCGCUAUGGAGGGAGAGUGUGUGUCGGCCAGAGCAGGGAGGAGAGAUUUUGCAACGAGAACGCUGCUUGUUCGCUACCCAUGUUUUGGUCCAGCUGGAGCCCAUGGACUAGAUGUAGUUCUGACUGUGGAGGAGGCAUGCACGCGAGACAGAGAAGCUGUGAAAAUGGCAAUAACUGCCCAGGUUGUAAUGUGGAGCACAGGGCCUGUAAUGUGGACUCCUGCCCAGAGGUACGCAGAAACACACCGUGGACGCCCUGGAUGCCAGUCAACAUCAGUCAGAAUGGAGCCCGUCAUGAACAGCGGUUCCGCUACACCUGCCGGGCACCACUGGCAGAUCCACAUGAUCUACAACUCGGCAAAAAAAGGGUGGAUAGCCGUUUCUGUCCGGCAGAUGGCACCUCUGCUUGCACCACAGACACCCUCGUCGAUGACCUUUUGAAGUUCGGCCGGCAGUCCCUCCGUAGGAUUGAUGGUGGCUGGUCCCCCUGGUUGCCAUGGUCACCCUGUUCCCGUGAGUGUGAGAUGGGUUUUCAGACCAGGAGACGGAGCUGCACCAAUCCCGAGCCCAGAAACGGAGGCUUGCCCUGCACAGGAGCUGACAUUCAGUAUGAGGAUUGCAACCAGCAGCCUUGCCCAGUUAAGGGAGCGUGGUCCUGUUGGUCUCCCUGGUCCUCGUGCUCAGCGACUUGCGGAGGUGGACAUUACCAACGUACACGGACCUGUACCAACCCAGUGCCAGCUAAUGGCGGAGAUAUCUGCAUUGGGCUGCACACAGAGGAGGCUCUCUGCAACACUCAGGCCUGUGAAGGUAGGCUGCACAUUGAGCCUCAUAGAGACAGAAGGUUGUGA